UAAAACGCAUAGACACGAAUCUUGUGGGGGUUAGUCGGGUUACACCUUACACGUAAACCUGCCGUCACUUAACACUUAACAGACCCACAAAAGGCGAUCUAAUAAACGGCCGUGGAUGGUCGUAUCUUUGAGAAGCCUUUCUUUUCAAUUUCGUUCUCGAUCAUUUCUUCUCCUUUAAAUGCUCGGUUGCUCCCUGCUCGUCUGGAGAAGAAACCGAGCUCUCACCGGCGCUCAACCGAUCGGAACGACCAACUCUAGGACGUGAAGGAAAAGAAUUCCAAUUCCAGUUUCGUUUCCCGGCGAUCUUUCCACAUUCUCGCGCUUUCGCUGUCGAGAUGAAGCCAGGAAAUUCUAGUUUGAACCCAUAUGCAGCUUCGUAUAUACCUGUUUCUAGGAGGGAAGUAGUUGAACAUACUCAAUCUCCAGGGGUGGUUGCAAAAGCUUCGCAGAGUGGCAAUCAAAACGUGUGGUAUGGACCUGGGUAUGCCAUUGAGAACAGGCAGCAUGGGAAAGCUUCUCCAAUUACUUCAGCCGAAAGCCAUUAUGGGAAUGGAGUCUAUGGUUCAUUAUCACAGCAGCAGGAUGGAAGAACCGAAAAGCAAAUUAUGGAUGAAGUUUCUGACUUUGAAUUGGAAUUUCUACAGAUGACGUUUCCUGGUGUAUCUUUUGAAUCACUUAUGGAUGUGUAUGCAGCUAAUAAUGGAGACUUGGAAAACACAAUUGACAUGCUUAACCAGCUUGAGGUAAGUGAAGAGUAACCAACCGUUAAUGGUUUCUGCUCCUUAGUAGGCGUUCAAUGUCGGAUGCUCUUGGCUUCGGGUACUGACUUUCUGGUACAGUAGUAGUUAUCUCAUCUUACAUGGUUGAUGCUUAAGUUAGGAUCUGAUUUAGCUUGGUUUAUUGCUCAAUCUCUGAUUAUCCGACUUAUACGUUGCUCUCUGUACAUUUUCACUGUUUUGCUCUUUUUUUAAUUGUUAUUUCUUAUAUUUGCUCGCUCUUUUUUCGCAGUUUACUUUGUAUGGAUGGGUUGUCUACUUACUCAUCUCUCUUCACUUAUUGUAGUUGUUUAUCUCUACCAAAGCUGUGAUCCAUCCUGUUAAAAAAAAUUCUAGCUUCUCAUUUUUGUUUAUAAUUUUCUUAUAUUUUCUGAAGGCUUGAAGGCUGUAAUUUAGGUAUGUUAUGCAGUGAAUGCGAAGAGGAAAGGAUUAUUCUCUUUAGAUCAGGAAGUUAAAAGGGGAAAGGCUGAUUUUGUGUAUGACCUACCAUAACUGUUUGUAGGUUUCUUCCAUCAUUUUUUUUCUUAGUAAGUGGUAGAAAACUUUGAAGUGUUUACUUGGGUCUCUUGCAAGGAUUGUGAAAUAGUACCGGAAGUUGUACCGGAAAUGUCAGUGAUAGGUAUUUUGUAUUAAAAUUGUGGUUUAACGAUGAUCCAGGCAUGUCGUACCGGUAAAAUCGCCUAUAAUUUGGGGUCUGAUUCCCUAUAUUUCCAGUUGAACCGGCCGGCAAGGUUGACAUUCCUCUCCCUGAUUCUUUGGAUAUCUGGGAUGUUUCAGAGCCCGCGUCGUUAGUGAAACAGAAGAACCUCGUAGGCGAAGCCAGUGCCUCUUCAUCUGGUUCCACCUCGGUCCCAGGCCCCGCUGUCUCGUCUUCUUGAUUCAUUUACAAUGGGAAAAAGCAGAACAAAUGUUGAAAGUGUUGUUCCUUCUCUUUUGUUUCUCCCCAUUUCUGUGGAUGGAGUAGAGUACAUAGAGGAAUUCUGGGUUAAAGAGGGAAAAAGGUAGAUAGAAUAUGUUGUGGUACAGAGUUUGCGCGGGCGGUUUUCUUUUGUUUGGAUUCACAGGCAUACAGGUUUCCGGUGUUGAAUCUUCCUAACUGGAAGGUUGGUCAUUUUGGGUUCUGCAGUUUUCCGUGUUCUUCAGUUUUGCUGUCCAAUAGGGUGUAAAAACCGGCGAGGAUGACGUUGGAUGGCUUGGUUGUUGCAAGUGCACUUCCAUGUUUGGGUUAUACCUAGCCAGCUGCUGAAAGAUUUCCUACGGCAACCUACACACUAUCUGACAAUCAUUUCUGUUAAUCGU